GCCCAGCUUUGCUUUCCGCGUGUCCGGCUUUGCGCUCCCGGCACUGCGCAUCCAGCUGUUUCUGCGUCCGCGGCCCUGUCCUUUCCUCGGACACCCCUGUGGUCUUUCCUACCCCUCGAGCGGAGGGGUGAGGGAGCGCGGGCGGUUAGUGGAUUGAGGCUGAUGCCCUCAAACACGGACGCCAACGUGAGGGUGGGAGUCCUUCCCAGCUGUCCUAAGCCUGUAGCGGGAAGGAUGACCACGCUUACACGGCAGGACCUCAACUUUGGCCAAGUGGUGGCCGAUGUGCUCUGCGAAUUUCUGGAGGUGGCUGUGCAUCUCAUCCUCUACGUGCGCGAGGUCUACCCGGUGGGCAUUUUCCAGAAACGCAAGAAGUACAACGUACCGGUCCAGAUGUCCUGCCACCCGGAGCUGAAUCAGUAUAUCCAGGAUACGCUGCACUGUGUCAAGCCACUCCUGGAGAAGAAUGAUGUGGAGAAAGUGGUGGUGGUGAUUUUGGAUAAAGAGCACCGCCCAGUGGAGAAAUUCGUCUUUGAGAUCACCCAGCCUCCACUGCUAUCCAUCAGCUCAGACUCCCUUUUGUCUCACGUGGAGCAGCUGCUCCGAGCCUUCAUCCUGAAGAUCAGCGUGUGCGAUGCCGUCCUGGACCACAAUCCCCCAGGCUGUACCUUCACAGUCCUGGUGCACACGAGAGAAGCUGCCACUCGCAACAUGGAGAAAAUCCAGGUCAUCAAGGAUUUCCCCUGGAUCCUGGCAGAUGAGCAGGAUGUCCACAUGCAUGACCCCCGGCUGAUACCACUGAAAACCAUGACGUCGGACAUUUUAAAGAUGCAGCUUUACGUGGAAGAGCGCGCCCAUAAAGGCAGCUGAGGGGGCACCUGCCACCCCACUGAUGCCCGAACUGUCAGACUUUGGGGGAUCCCCACCUAGGGCAGUGCUGCACGGCUGCCCUGAUUCCAAGUGCUCUUAUCACCUGUGUGUGGAUCGUCCGCCCCAGCCUGGGGCAGCUCAGGUCUACUUGGAGGAUGCCUCCCCCAGGAGGGCAGUGAGGAUGCCGUGACCUCGACUUCUCAGCCUCCUGGGGUUCUGCCGGCCAACACUGUCUGUCUCAAAUACUGUGCUGUGAGUUGUUUUAAUAAAGGGGCCCCAAGGGCUGGCCUGA